AUGCCUGUGUUUCUAGAAGGAGCCCGGACACCCUGCUCGACGAGACAGGCGGCUACAAAACGUGGUACCGGAUUCAGUUCUUCCCACGCAUCCACUGCCACUGUUUUCGUGCGUCUCUUCAGUCCAUCCAAUCAACAAACAGACGUCAUGUCACAGAUCUCUCAACCUACCGAGUUCACGAGCCCAAAGGCACAGUCUACUAGACGCCAGCUACGAAUGCCGUUGACAGGGUCUCCCCGACGAGCUCCGCUCCAACAAACAUUGAAUCCUCCCCAACCGGGUGUCACAACAAUCGAUGUCCCUGGUAGAGGGGGAGGUAAAGAGAACAUUCCUCCCGGCAGACCCACCGAGGCCAAGGGAAAGAACAAAUCCGAUGAUCCCCCGCUGGUGCCCGGAAUGACGCGUCGAGUCGUGCAAAAUGCUACUCCCAGAAAGCCGGCGACGAGCAAGACCAAGGAGACUUGCAAAGUGCCGGGUCGAGUGGCUCUGGGUGAAACGAGGGGCAAUAUCGUCAGGGUUCCUCAAAAGCAAGUGAGAGAUACACCCGCUCGCGAUUCUCGGAUCUCUCGCGCGAAGCGGACUUUGUCUGCUGUCGUCAUUCAGCGUGCUUGGCGAUCAUAUGCGCAACGACGGAAUGAUCAUGUGCGUGCCUCCGCCAUUGCCAAAGUCAAGACAGAAUGGGCAUGUGAGGUGAUUACUCGAUGGUGGCGUAUGGUCAAGGUCCGCAAGCUGCGACAGGAGGCCGAGCAGAUGGAGCAGAUGGAACAGCCGCAGCAGAUUGAACAGGUGAAACACACAAAACAGAAGCCCCGAUGCCAAUCUGCUGCUCAGCGAACCCCUGUUCGCAAGAGUUGUGGCCGCCGAGGGAUUCGGCGCCUUUGA